AUGCAGGCACGAGAGCUGAAGGAAGUACGCCGCGACCUUUCCACUCUGGUACUUCGCAAUGAACGCAUGGAGCAGCAACUCACAUCAGCCACCAAUCAGCUUGAGCGCGUCGGCAAGCGCAUUGAAAUCAUAACACCAACCAAAAAAGUUUCAAGCAAUGAACCUGUUGGAGAUGGUGCCUCCACCCCUUUUUACUCAGCAACAAUUAGCCUCUGGCGAAAAAACCUGGAAGCGCGAGACUAUUUCAGCAAUUUCUUCUACGACGAAUGCCUUGAAGGGUACAAGCAAGAGUUAGCCAGCUCCAGUUGGACUCGUCUGUUGCCAAGUGAGCAAACCCGCAUCAAGAAUCACCAUAAGAAGCUGAAGAAGUUCAUCAAGAUCAUGCUCUUCUUCUGUCCUGAGUAUCCCAAGCCAAGACCAGAAAGCCCAGAAGAGCUUGUGAAAUGGAAACGAGAUGUAGCCCACCUUGCCAAUGCAGCAGAAACCGCGUUGUACAGGUGCCUUGACCCAAACUCAAAGCGCAGGAAGUUUUCCUUUGACUAUAUUUUAUCCCACCCUCUAGUGAAGCGCUUUGAUAGCAAGGAAGACGAGCUCAACAAGGACCUCCCAUCUAACACACCCAGGCCGGUUCGCAUGUACUUCGGCAUGAUUAUCGAUUAG